UAUCAGGCAACGGCUCAGCUGAAGGAAGUACUGAAGCAGCCGGCAGCCCUUUCCCAUCUCUGCCAUGUAAUGACACAUUCACAAGAUCCUCAGAUCCAGCAGUUCGCCGCCGUGUUGCUCAGACGGCGGCUGAGCAAACACUGGAAGAAAAUUGGCGCAGCAGAUCAAGAUAUGCUGAAGUCCUUGGUGCUAAACAGCUUCCAACAGCAGACAGACCAUAAAGCCUCCCUGGGCUUAGCCCAGCUGGCGGCCGUCAUCCUGAAGAACGAGACCUUGGAGAAAUGGCCCCAGAUGCUUCAGAGCAUUCAGCAUGGGGCCCGCUCCCGAGACCCCGACAAGUGCCAGAUGGCAUUGCUGCUGCUGCAGUCCGCCUUGGAUCUGGACCCAGACCAGUUCGCUCCCUACUACAAGGACCUCCUGCGCCUCUUCCAUCAGACGCUCAACAACCGGAGUCAGCCGGCCGUCCUCUACUACUCCCUCCGGAGCUUGAGUGCCGUGGUUGGUGGGCUGAGCUCCGACGAAGUGACUCUGAUGUCUUCCAUGAUGCCCAAAGUGAUAGCAGCCAUCCGGGAACUCAUUCACGUGAACGAGGUCCACGCAAGCGAAGCGAUGGAGGUUUUUGACGAACUCCUAGAAACCGAAGUUGCCAUCGUGGUCCAGCAUCUCUCGGAAGUCGUGAACUUCUGCCUGGAGGUGGCCUCCAACCAGCAGCUGAGUGACGGCCUGCGAGUGAAGGCGCUCUCCUGCGUCAGCUACCUCAUCAAGCUGAAGAGCAAGGCCAUCCUGAAGCACAAGCUCCUCUCGCCCAUCCUGACCGCCCUCUUCCCCAUCAUGAGCGCGGAGCCUCCCCCCGGACAGAUGGACACGGAGGACGAGUUGACCGAGGAGGAGAUCGAAGAUCACGCGGAAGUCCAGACGCCCAAACACUUCGCUGUCCAGGUGAUUGACAUGCUGGCUCUGUACCUGCCCCCCGAAAAGCUUUUCCCCCAGCUGACCCCUCUAAUGGAACCGGCGCUUUUGAGCCCCAACCCUUACCACCGGAAGGCCGGCCUCAUGUGUUUGGCGGUGCUGGCCGAAGGCUGCGGAGAUCACAUCCGUAACAAACAUCUUCAGCCCAUGCUCCAGGUGGUGUGCCGAGCAUUGACGGACGACAGCCAGGUAGUACGCAAUGCGGCACUGUUCGCCUUGGGCCAGUUCUCCGAGAAUCUGCAGCCGGACAUCGCUCGUUUUUCGGAUGAAAUUAUGCCCCUCCUGCUGCGCUACCUGGAGGGGGUCCAGCUGGCCCACACGACCCACCUGGCCAAGGCCUACUACGCUCUGGAGAACUUUGUGGAGAAUCUGGAAGACAAGAUUGCGCCCUACUUGCCAGCUCUGAUGGAGAGGAUGCUCGACACCUUGACCUCCUCCGGAACUCCCCGCACCAAGGAGCUGGCAGUUAGCGCCAUCGGAGCCAUUGCCCAGGCUGCCAAGGAAUCUCUUCUGCCGUAUUUCCAAGCCAUCAUGGAGCACCUGACCAGUUACAUGCUGACCACGCGGGAAGAACUCAGGCCCGUCCAGAUACAAUCUGUCGAGACAAUGGCUAUCCUUGCCAACGUCCUGGAUAACGACAUCUUCCGGCCGCUUUCCGAGAAGUGUUGUCAGCUUGGACUGGACCUCUGCGACAGAGUGGACGACCCAGACUUGCGACGAUGCACGUACAGCCUUUUCAGCUCUCUCGCGAACGUCAUGGGGGAUUCGAUCACCCCGUACCUGCCUCGGAUAACGACGCUUUUGAUUUAUUCCCUGAAAUCCACCGAGGGCAUCAAGCCCCCUCUCAAUUCGGGAAACUCCUUCCUGUUAUUUGACGACGAGGAAGAGGAAGCAGAGGUGGAAGGGGAAGAAACUCUUACCGACGAGGAAGAUGAAGAAGACUCGGACGCCUUGGGGAUGUGCGUUCGAAGUGUCUUUAUGGACGAGAAGGAAGACGCCUGCAUAGCCCUGGGAGAAAUUGCCGCCAGCAUCUGUAUGCCCUUCCUGCCUUACAUCGAGACCUCGUUCCAGGAAGUGUCCCAGUUACUGCCGUGCCCCCACAUUCGGGUACGGAAAGCCGCGUUCGAAGCCCUGGGACAGUUCAUCGUUUCGCUGCAUCGGGUGUGCGAGCAGGAGCCGUCCGAAACUCACGUGGCGGCCUUUCAGAAGCUGGUCUCCACCCUGCUGCCCGUCUACCUGAAAGGAGCGCAGGAGGACCACGAGCGCGAGGUGGUCAUGGCCGUCCUGGAGGUCCUGGCCAAAGUGGUGAAGGAGUGCAAGAGGGACGUCCUUCCGGAGCCGGCCCAGCUGAUCGACCUCUGCCGGGUGGUGCGGGAGGUGCUCGAACAGAAAGUAGCCUGUCAGGACAACGAGGAAGAUGAAGAUGAUGACAGUGACGAACAGGCGGAAUACGACUGCAUGCUGAUCGAGUACGCCGGGGAGUUGAUCCCCAUCCUCGCCGAAGCGACCGGAGGCGACGUCUUCGCUCCUUACUUCGCCGGCUUCUUGCCGCUACUCCUCAAUAAGAUGAAACCUUCCUGUUCCACCGCGGACAAAUCCUUCGCCGUGGGCGUCAUUGCAGAAACGGUCCAGGGCCUGGGAGGGGCCUCCAGCUCUUUCGUACCCCACCUGCUGCCCUUGCUGAUGGGGGCGGCCCGCGACGAGGACCAAGAAGUACGCAGCAAUGCCGUCUUCGGGCUGGGCGUCCUGGCGGAGCACGGCAGGGAAGCCAUGUAUGAAUACUAUCCCAAAAUUCUGGCGCUUUUAUCCAAUCUCAUUUCUCAAGAGCGAAACAACCGAGUAACUGACAACGUUUGCGGGGCCGUUGCGAGGAUGCUAAUGACCAAUCCUGGAGGAAUGCCCGUUGAACAGGUUUUCCCUGUCCUGCUUCGCGCCCUGCCGCUGAGAGAGGACUUCGAGGAAUACAAAACCGUCUACCGUUGUAUCACCUUUAUCUACGAAAACGACCCGUCGCAGGUAUUGCAACAGAUUCCAGAGAUCGUGAGAAGCAGCGGCCCUGUCCUUGCUUGCAAAAAUCUUCCAACAGAAGCCAGGAACCUCCUGCUUACACUGCUGGGCAGCCUCUCAUCCCGCUGCCCCACCGAGUUUCAGACAGCCGUCCUGGCAAACCCUCCGGAAGUCGGCACUUCGAUCCACGCGGCCAUCGGCUCUGCUUAAAACAGCCAGGAAGGGGCGCUGUCGUCCAACUUUCGAGGACUUUCGAAGCCAGCUGUUAUAAAAAGCACCACAUGGAUUUGGUUUUUUUUUUUUUUUUUUUUUUUUGCAUCUUCAUCUUCGGUUUGGAUCCCGCUCCUGAUCCAGAAUGCAAAAUCUGGCGUGCCAAAUGGCAACCGGGCGCGGCUGUUGUUUGUGUUGCUUCGAUUCAAUAUUGUUUGAUAUCUUUUUUUUCACAGUUUAGCUCUUUCCUCCUCCUGUCUUUCUUUCUCUCCUCCUUUUUUAUUUCUUUCUUUUUUUCUCCACCACCAAACGCGUUUUCUUCGGCUGAAAAUACCACUCGAUACCCCGAGGUUGUUUGCAACAUCCGCUCAAUGCUGCUUAAACGGGAUUUCAAAUAUCUGGAUUUUCUCAGCUAUUUUCCCUACCGACUGUCACGCCAUUCUAAAGGCAAAACGUUUUGUGAGCCUGGGGGAAAAAAAACCAUCACAUCGAGGUUGCUUCGUUGUUGUUUUUACUUCCAAAAAAAGUCUCUCUUUUUUAAAAAAAUCCCAUCGCAGGCUACUCGGAAAGCAGAUCGGCCAUGCAGCGAGAUUUGCAGUGAAAUAAUUUUUAUAUCUAAUUAGCUAUUUUUUAAAUAUCUAAUUAGAUAUUUUUUUACCUGCGAGGGAAUUCGCUUUUUCAAACACCCGAGGCUUCAAACGGGCAGACGGCAGCAAAAACGGCGUCUCCUUUGCCAUUUCAGGAAGACAAAAACAAAACAAAAAAAAACAACCCGUCAGAUUUGCUGAGUUUGCCAACACAAUUGCAACACAAUUUUCAAUCUCGGUGUCGCCCGCCGAAGCCAAAUGCACGAAUCCUGGUGCUGUUUGAAAUCCCGGUUUGAUCUACUCGUUCUGUGCCAACGUUAGCCCUAGCAUUCACACCCGGAUGCAAGAACGCAACUCUGUAAACUGUUUCUUGGCGCAGGACACACAACCUGGCAGCUGCUUUGCUCUUCGACAGCUUUGCCCUGUUGUGAAUAGCAGUCUUUUUUAUUUUUUUCACGGUGAUCACAACUGUUAUUAUAUAUAUAUCAUUUUUUGCCUGUUGCCAAAAAAAAGAAGGAAAAAAAAAGCUGGGAAUUUUGCCGUCGUUUGGCCUUCGGCAUCACUCCGGGGAAGCUUUCCUGGACUGCCCCCACGUUGUCGUUUCACAAGGGGGCCAGAUUUGUAUGCACAAAGUUCAUCAGUUCUGGAACGAGGGAUCGUUGUCCUUUUUGCUGAAUGUGGUUUUUCCAUGUUGUCGUUGGGUAUUUUUUUUUUUUUUGCCUCCAGCUGGAUUUCUGCCACAAAAGCAACGGUUCUCACGAAUCAACUCUUCUUCGGUCAUUUGUAUUUAAGGUUUUUAACUUUCUGGUUUGGCCUUGGAAUUUUUCUCGUAACGGAAGAUUAAAAGUAUACUGUAUGCAGUACCUUGUAAUAAAAUGAAAAGCUAUUGUUUCACUCGA